CUGGAUGACUGUGUAGAAAGGUUUGGCCUGGAGAGAACGUCAGCACUGUAAAUAGAAGUCUAGCAAGAGUGGUAGACGCAGGUCGUCUUCCCUUGCGCAGCGGUGCGGCACUCCGUAAAUUGAGUUUGCUUGAGUUAAAACCACUCCUGAAAUCAAAGCGUCCAAUUGACCAACGGAAUGUCAUCCUCGCCAGUUUUGAACCCGGAAAUCCCCUAUGUGGGUGAUGUGGAAGGUGGCUUGUUUCCUGGGAAAAUGGUGAAGAUUCAGGGAAAAGUUCCUCCGGAAGCUGUACGCUUUGCCAUAAAUUAUCAACUAGGACCGAAUUUGAAUCCCAGAGACGAUAUAGCAAUACACGUGUCCCCUCGUUUUCCUGAAGGAUUUAUUACUAGGAAUCAUAUAGAGGGUAUGAGCUGGGGACCGGAGGAAAAUGAAGGGCCACUAAUAAUUCAACCGGGGCAACGAUUUGAAAUCAUUAUUUUAUGUGAACAACAUUGCUAUAAAAUUGCUGUAAAUGGCAAUCACUUUACGGAGUUCCGUCACCGAUUACCCUUUCAAAAAGUUUCCCAUUUAAUUAUCGAUGGGGAUGUUGAAGUGACUUCUAUUUUCUAUGAGAUUAUACCCGUUGGGCCACCUCGCAGUCCUCGAGAUGCAACACCGGUGCCUGAUGUACCACCUGUAAACAUUGGUCCUCCUCCUCCUGGAGGCAUUUAUCCAACGAUUAGUCCCCAAAUUCCUCCUGGAGGUUAUGGCCCACCACCUGAUGCCUAUGGUGGCUCUGGUGGCUAUAAUCCACCCCGAGCCUAUGGUGCACAACCUGGUAGAGAAAAAGCCGAAGAAGAAGAUGCAUUCGGGGGAUGCCUAGAUAAAAUGGGAUUAGCAUUAGGAGGCCUAGUAGCUGCCGGAGGAGUGGCUGCUGCUAUGCAUGUUAUAAAUAAAAAAAAAGAGGAACAGGAAAAAGAUCACGAGAAAACUGAUGCAUCAAAAUCAGAGUCCGAAGGAGGUGGCUUAGGAGGAUUGGGUGCACUUGGCGCCGCACUAGCUAGCAGCCUUGCUUCAAAUGCUCUUCAAGGAGAUAACAGAUAUCCACAAUCGGGUUAUCCUCAACAGGAAUCUGGUGGAGGUGUAUUAGGCUCUAUCCUUGGUGCACUAGGUGGUGGUGGAGCUCCGCAACAACCAGCUCAUCCGCCACCCGCAGCAGAUCCUCUUGGAGGAGCUCUGGGGUCUAUUCUCGGCGGCGUUUUUGGAGGAGGAGGAAACAGUCAGCCUUCGUAUCAACCAUCUGGUGGUUAUGGAGGAUAUCCACCACCAGGUGGUUACCAACCUUCCGGAGGCUACGCUCCCCAAACUGGAGGAUCAGACUUUCUAUCAGGAAUUGGAUCUGCCAUUGGAUCCUCGCUUCUGAGUUCGGCUUUAGAUGGGCUUGGCAAACGUGGCAAGAACAGUUCGGAAGAUCAUUCACCAUCAAAUUAUGGAUCACACAAUGAACCAGAACCUUCACCACCACCUGCUCGUCGUCCUAGUCCUCCACCUUCGGGUGGAACUAAGUUAUCUGCGGCUGAAAUUUCAAAAGGCCUUGGUCUUGAUGACGACGUUAACGAUGACUAGGAGGUAGAUGCAAAAAUGUUAGUACAAGUUUAAAAAGAAUUGUUCAAAGUCCAAGUGCUCUCUAGCUUGGUUAUUGUAUGUUUUAAGAUAAUAUUUAAUUUAUUGAAAAGAUCUAAAUAUCUAUAUACGUACAUAUAUCUUGAAAAUGACAUUACGUUAUGAAACAUCGAAGCUACGAGUCAUUAAUUGAAAAUGAAAUUAGUAUUCCCAAAGGAAUCUCAAUUUAUUGGAGAGUUACGGAUAUUCGAUAAGCUAAAUUUAGAAUAUGCUUCCGUUCGAUUACAAUUGAAAGUUCUGUGGUAAAUUACGUAUUCGUAUAAUUGUUUUUCCGCAGUCCACAGACGAUCGCAUUUUUAAGUUCUCAAUUCAAAAGCAAUUUUAUGUCACGAGUUGAACUGUACGAGUCCUGGAGGCUGGUAACAUAGAGAGAUAUUUUUAAAAUAUUAUAUUGAAUUAAGUUGCAGUAAACCCCUCGUUUUAUAUACAUUAUACUUUUAUAAGCGUUUUAGUGGCCUUAAAUGUUUACAUGCCUUAUACGCGCAUAGCGCGCCAAUACUGUUAAUGUAACGACUAUCGGAAAGCUUUGACAAGUAUAUUUAAAUAAAUUAUCAAUGUUAGUUGUAAAAA